AUGUAUGGUCGCAGGGCCGUGUGCCUGCUUUACUGCGUAGUCUACACACUCAGCUGUGCCACAAAGUACGUCAACAGCUUCCCUGUGCUCGUUGUGGGCCAACUGCUUGGCGGAGUGGCAACCUCCUUGCUGUGGUCGGCCUUUGAGAGCUGGAUGAUUAGUGAGCGUCGCACACGCGGCUACGAUACGGCGUGGCUGGGGGAAACGUUUUCACGGAUGACGGUUAGAAAUGGCCUAAUCGCCGUUCUUUCUGGACUUGUGGCCCAGUGGCUCGCUGACACGUUUACUCACCCGGUUGCCCUAUUUGACAUGAGCGCUGGUCUGCUCGUGCUGUGUUUUAUCAUGGGUUUUGUGCACUGGCCAGAGAAUUACGACGCCCCCCAAACCAACCUUUGGCAGCAAAUGGUGUAUGCCGCCACUGCGGUGUGCGAAGACACCCGCAUUCUCUUAGCAGGUGCGCAGCAGGUGUCCUGUUUGAGGGCGCCAUGUGCGCCUUCAUAUUUUUGUGGACACGCGCGCUGGAGGCAAAUGGUACGGUGCCGCACGGACUCGUCUUUGCCAGCUUCAUGCUUGCCCUGA